GGUACUUGAUGUUCAGGCUAAAUUCCUAACCUAUUACAACAUAUUGCACAUACAGUCGAUCGAAACUCCUGGAUAAAAGAAUGAUGCUGUUUUGCCAUGGAAAAAUCUGUCUUACAAAAGAGAGAAGCAGAUGAAAUAAUCUGGACCAGGUGUGAGAUGACUGAGAGUUUACCCACAAUGGAAAACUCAGAGGAGGAGGAGGAGUUCUAUGAUGCACCGGAUGACUGGCUUGAGCUUCAUUGUGAGGAAGGAGUCUCUGCUGCAACACCACAGUCUGACUCAGAUGUUCCACCACCACCAGAGGUAACAGUUCUCUAUUCAGGCAGUGACACUGUUUCUCUUGGCCUGACACCCACUGAUUCCUCUGUUGAGUAUAAACUUCAUAUAGAUUACUCCUGUGAGACACAGAAAGACACUGUGAUCCGUGUAGACUCCAGUGCUGUAGAUGUUGAAGGACUGAAUCCUGGGACUGAGUAUACUUUCAGCAUCACAAGAAUAGCAGAAAAUGGAAAUCGAAGCAAAGCAGCCUCUGUUUCUGUCUUUACAGAACCUGUUCCUCCUGCGAGCAUAACAGUUUAUAAUGUUAGCAACGAGUCACUGUCUCUGCAGUGGGACACUCCUGCUGGUGAACUGGAGACCUACAUUGUGACUUGUUGCAUGGAGGGAGAAAUCGUGCAAGAGUUGACAACUGAAGCAAACAGUGUUACCUUCAGCAGCCUGAGGCCAGGGGUGUGUUACUCCCUCCAUGUUUCUGCACAAAUGAAGAACAAAAGAAUAAGCAAGCCAAUUGUAACAUCUGCCCGCACAACAAGACACAGCUCUCAAAGCGGUAAAACUACACCAUCUCCUGUCCAAAAUAGUUACCCUGCUUUUGUACAGCAGGAGAUGGCACUCAAAAUGUCUAUGUGUCAGUUUUCUGUGCCGCUGCUGCUCCCUAAUUGUGACACACAACAGUGCACACUCAUGCUUUGGGCCUUGAGAGACAUUGUUAAAAAGUACAGACCUCAGUCACUUUCACAAUCCAAGGGUUUUAUUGAAGACAGAAUUGUUCUCUCUGAACUUCCAAUGAUAUCCUUUGUGAGACUGGGGGAAUGCUCCUUGUCCAAGUCAGAGAUUCUCAAUAAGCUUCUGAGCAAUUCUCAGCAGUACCAUGACACCUUUGUUCACCAUGAUAUGGAGUGUGGCGACAGUCCAAGAAGAAUAUCUGAUGGACUGACUGAAAUUACUUGGUACCUUCCUUGUGGAAACAAAAACAUUGAUAUUUUCAGUGAGCCAGUAGCUGUAGCUAACCUUCGUGGGGACAUUACUUCAUUUGAAACACAGUUUUCUUUUUUGUGUCAGACAUCUGCUGCAAUUUUUGUGUUCUUUGACAGUCUAAAAUCUGGAUGCAGACUUCUGACCAACCAGAGCUACAAGGCACAGAUCGUCUUGGUGGGUAACCAUCAGAGCAAGACCUUCAGUCUAGAUGCUUUAGAACAAGUUGCAACUGAGUUGGGCUUGACUAACAACAACAUUGUUUUGAAGACUAGGCGGAUGAAUGACGCAGACUUCGUCAAAAAUUUGAGGAAAACUGUCAGCGACGUAGUUGAGAACUCAAAGAUGAAGAUGUGCAUAGAGCAGAUGGCUGACAUUGCUCAUGAACUGGGAAUCUUGGUUGAUGAAGACUGUGCAGAGUGCCAGACUGCCAAGAAAAAUGCAGAUGCCAUCGCUGCGGAAAUCAAAGACACCCUUAAAUACAAAGAAGAGCAGCUUCCCCUGCAAGGCCAAAUAUGGAAAGACCUGACGAGCUUAGAGAAGGAAGAAUUUCGGCUUCGAAAAGUUGGGUCUGAGGACAUAGAAAAAUACAAAAGUGAUCUUCAGGUACAGAAACAAAAACUUCGGGAAAAACAGAACUCUUAUGACAUUUCAAAUGCAAUGACAUGUUUCAUCCAUGCAAUAUCAAGCCCAGGGACAGAGAGAUGUUAUUUCCUGAAGUGGAUUCGAAUUAAUCUUGACAACCUGUCUCGAGACAAAAUGUCUUUCCUCAGGGAACAGUACAAAGAAAAAUCCAAGAAUUCUGAGAACAAAAAUGUGCUUAAAGACAUUGACAGAGAACUUUCCAACAGCUCACUGGGGACUGAACACUUCUUCCGUGAAAUGGGUCAGAUCUACGAAGCUUCAGUGUCCCUUCCAGAAACAGACCCAUCACGUCAACAGUUGCAACAUCUGCCCAAACUCUGUGCAGGAUUGCUGCUGGAUGGAUUUCCCCUUGAGCUUGUAGAUGGAGAUGCCUCCAACAUACCUCUCAGAUGGGUGAGUGAUGUUCUCUCUCAGCUCCAUGACUUGGUGUAUCCCAAGAACAAGAUACUGGUAGUCACAGUUCUUGGAGUUCAGAGCACAGGAAAGUCCACUCUUCUUAACACCAUGUUUGGAGUGCAGUUUGCAGUCAGCAGUGGUCGAUGCACUCGAGGUGCUUUUAUGUUGCUCAUCAGAAUCAAUGAAGAUGUCAAAAAAGUGCUCAACUGUGACUUCAUGGUGAUCAUUGACACUGAGGGCUUAAAGUCACCAGAGCUUGCACAACUGGAUGACAGCCAUGAGCAUGACAAUGAGCUUGCAACACUUGUCGUGGGGCUGAGUGAUAUCACCAUCAUUAAUAUUGCAAUGGAGAAUUCAACAGAAAUGAAGGACAUCCUGCAAAUAGUUGUGCACGCUUUUCUCAGGAUGAAAGAGGUGGGCAAAAAGCCGAAAUGUCAGUUUGUUCAUCAGAAUGUAUCAGAUGUUUCAGCCCAUGACAAGAACUUAAGAGACAGGAAACUGCUCUUGCAACAGUUAAAUGAGAUGACGCAAGCAGCCGCCAAAAUGGAAAAGAAAGAGGAGAACAAGAGCUUCACAGAUGUGAUGGAGUACAGUCCAGAUACUGGGAACUGGUACAUUCCUGGACUCUGGAAUGGAAACCCACCAAUGGCACCGGUCAAUGCAGGGUACAGCGAAGCUGUAUAUGAGCUCAAGAAAAACAUCAUCCAUCUACUUGGAAAAUGUGAUUCAUCUGCUAAUGAUAUCUUGGCGAUUAAAGAGUGGAUGUCAAGCCUGUGGACUGCAGUAAAGCAUGAAAACUUCAUCUUCAGCUUCAGAAACAGUCUAGUGGCUGAUGCAUACAUGAGGCUAUGCACAGAAUCCAACAAAUGGGAAUGGGAAUUCAAAAAAGACAUGUACAAGUGGGUUACAAAUGCUGAAACAAGAAUUUCAAAUUUCAGAACAAUUGCUUCAAAGUCUGAAAUAGCUGACAUGAAAGAUCUUCUCAUGUCUUUGAGAAGUGAAGCCUCCACAGUGCUGUCUAAGUGGGAGACAAAGCUUCUUGAAAAUUUGACGAAGUACUUCAAGCAAAAAGAGGGUCAUGUCUAUCUAGUAGAAGGAUACAAAGAGGACUUUGCAAACAGUGCAAAGAGCCUUCGACGAGAAAUGGAGAACUCUGUGUUUCAUCAGCUCACUGCAGCAGCAGAAAUCAAACAGGGAAUGAGAGAACUUGAUAUAAUCAAGGAAAAUCACACAAAAGAAAUUGAAAAGGCAGUGUGCGCACUGAUUGAUCAAUGUCGGAAGAAGAAUGUCCAGAUGAGAGAUCAAGAGCUGGACAAGGAAUUUGAGAAGAUGUGGAAUGAAACAGUGAAGAAACUGUCUUUUUCUGAACAAAAGGCAACAGAUGUCGUCACCAGUGUAUCCCACUAUCUGAGAAUAAAUCUAUCACACAAGGGGAGCCAUGCAUGUGAGUUGUUGAGUAAAAAAAGCCUGAGAGAUUGUGGCAAAAUGCCUUUCAAAUAUACAGAGGAGGGAUUCUGCAAACAAGUUAAACACCAAGUGAGCAAAUGGAUGAGCGGGCAAGAUCACAUCAUGAUGGUACAAAAAAUGGCUGACAGUAUCAUCGCUGUUUGUUUUCAGUUUUUGACUCAAAAAGUCAAUAGAAAAAACAAUUACUCUGACACUUACAUCCAGGAGAUGCUACACAUGAUUGAUGAGAGGCUGCAAAACAAUCAGGAUGUAAAGACAGGCAUUGAGUUCGAAGUUUCUCUAAAACAACACAUCUGUGGAGUUGCAGCCAGAGUAUUUCAGAAAAUGCACGAAGAUUUCCUACAUGUGAAUGAUCCUUACAGAUGUCUGAGUCAAAACAAAGGGAAGUUUUGUGCUGAUUUUAAAGAUGUGUUUCAUAAACGAGACCAGUGCCAGAAGAAGGCAGAAGAAUUCACCAGCCAAUGCUUGAAGCCUGCAGUUGAGGACUUCAUCAACCGUUCCCUGGGUCCUGAUAUCAUUGAUGAGAUGCUGACACAACAACAGUUCAGCACAAGAAUAUCCUUCCAGUAUUCAGUUUUACUGGAUUUGCUUUCAAAGGAUAAGUUUGAAAACUAUUUGAGCUACAUUUGCUCAUAUGAGGAAUAUGUGAAGAAGUGGAUACUCGACCAGAUAGUGACUCACUUCUCAAAUGCUUCUAAGAUUUCUGAGUUUGAGGCUCAUCAUAUUCAGUCAAGUAUCAGGAGCAUAAAUGAUGCUAUCAACAAGGCAAAAAUGAAAAAGAGUAACUUGAAGACAUUUGUUGAUCAUGUGUGUCAGGAACUUGGAGCUAAACUGGUCAUUUCCCAGGAUGCUCUUAAUGCUUUCAUGAUUCUGAACAACGCAAACCAGGAACAGUUUGCUGACUGGUUAACAGAGUGUGUAAAUGAGAUGGGAAAAGCUCUUAGAGAAGAGUUCAAAAAAUCAAACAUCCAGAAGAAACUGAAGCAUCUUCAUUUGAAGCCUCAGAAUGAGAUUUUCACUAGACUGAUUGGAUGUGGUAAACAGUGUCCGUUUUGCAAAGCUCCAUGUGAGGCGGGAGGAAAAGCCCAUACUGAGCACUGGGCUUCAAUUCAUCGCUCCAAUGGUCUUGGGCAAUUCAGGUUUCAUGACUCAGAAAAACUUGUAACGGAUAUAUGCUCUUCUCUUGUGAUCAGUGACCAGCACUUUCGAUGCUUUGCAACAAAUUUUGAAUGGCACCCUUACAAGGAGUACAGUAACAUUUUCCCCACCUGGAGAAUUCCUCCUGAUGUAAGCCUCGAGGCAUCAGACUACUGGAAAUAUGUGAUGGCAACAUUCAACAAAAAGUUUGCAGAAGAGUAUAAUGCAAAGCCUGCUGAUAUUCCCUCAACCUGGAAAAGAAUUACAGAUAAGCAGGCAAAAGCCAGCCUUCAACAGUCAUUCAGCAUCAAGUAAGAAGUAUGGCUGUCACGUUGUCAAAAGAUACUGCCAACACUGCUAUGACACUGUGAUUUUUUUAGAUCAGCCAGCGAAUUACACAUUGAGAUUAUGUUUGUACAGUAUUUGCAAUUUUAAUAAAAAAAAAAUACUAAUCAUAGUGCAACUAACAUUUUCUUUUUACUUAUUUUGAGUGCGCAGAGGUAUAAGUCCCCCUGCUAUGAACAUUUUGAGUUUAAGCUUUGACAUACAGGUAAAUGACCAAAAGUAACAUAAUGUAUAUAAAAUGACAAGCCAAUACACUCAGAAAUAUUUUACCAUUACAGUUACAAACGGGGAUUGAAUUGAAAACCAGUGCAAACUGGUCACAUUUAUCCAAGACUAUAUUUCACACUUGACCUGUUUGUAAGAAAUAAUGGAUCUUCUUUAUGUUUUGAUGAUAUGUUACACUUUACAUUUUGAGACUUUAUAUGACUGUAUAUGAGACUUUAUAUGUUAGAAGCACAUGCGGAAAUGUUAACCUCUGUAUUUUGGUGUGAGCUUAGUUGUAUUUUAUUCAUUUUUAGUAUUUGAAUGGUAUACAUGAAAUCAAUAUGAUAAUAAAACAAAGAAUUAUUUUUUCAAUUUUU